AUGGAGCUCGCAUCGGCCUUGCUACAGCUCGUUAAUGACGCUACGGACGCACGUGUCUCGAAUUUGAGCGAGAAAGAACUCAUUGAUCGAUUAAAGAACGUUAAGAAGCAAUUGCAAUGCCCAGAAAGCUUGACAAUCCCCCGAGAAUCCAUCGCAAUUGGCGUCUGUCACGUCACUAGUCAAGUUGUGGGAUUUCUUGUCCAAUAUCGACCCGUUUUAGCACAAACAGCGAGUCUCAAGUGGCAGAAACGCGUCUUUAUCUUAGAAACAGCAGUGGCAAGUGCAUUUACGGUCAUUGGAAGCUUUGAAGACACUGAAUUGGCGCUGAAACAUGAAGAUAGUAGAGACUUUUGCAGCAUUUACAGGAGGCUACUGCAUCGGCUCUGGAAGGCUUCGCAGUUACUAGAACAGGCAGUCAAUGUAGUGGCUGUUAUGAUUAAAUUGUGUGUACUGUUAGCAAUUUGCUGGCUGUCGUACGACCGAGUGGGGAAACUAGUGGAGACUGAAAAGCUGCUUAAAUUGUGUAGCGAUUUCUGCUUGGAGCACGAGUCGUUGCAGGAUCAGAUCAAGUGGCCACAAUUUCUACUUGGAAUAGUGAAUUUGGUGGAGAAACAGGAUUGUAGUGAGGCCUUACGAUGUUUUCAAAACGUUGUGGAGAGAUGUGGCGGCUUAGCAGAAGAAGACGGCGUUCUUUUCUAUUGGUACGCGGUGGCGUUGAUCCACAAUAAUCGUAUAGCUGAUGCUGUAACUGCGCUUGAUACGUGCAUUCGAGCAAACUAUGAACCUUUUUCUUGUCUGUCGCUCCAGGCAUUGGUGAGUUUGCAAGCUCAGGACUAUUAUACAGGUGCGGAGCAAAUGCAACGUGCAUUGAAAAUUGACUACACACAUUCGAGGUCGCUGUUCAACUACGCGCUUUUAAUGGAACGUAUGGGCAACUUUGAGGCGCAGCAGCAACUACUAAAGUAUGUUUUGGAUCCUCAUAGAGGUGUAGGCGGUCCUUCUGAAGAUAGCAAGCGCAAGCAGACUGGUGAUGUCAUCGAUCCCUCUAGCGUAACAGCAUCACUUUUUGAGGAUGCUAGACUGGCACCUUUGUUUCCAUCUCGGCUGACAAGUGUAGACAUAUCGAUAGCGCACUUUCAUCUGGGUUUAGCGACCAUGGAAAAUGGCAAUUGGUUGGAGUCAAAGAAAUAUUUUGAAAAGUUUCUUGGUUUCGGGGAGCUCAACCAAUCUGUGUGUAUUGUUCUGGAGGCCGCUCGGGACUAUAUCUACGUGCUGCUUCAGUGCAAACUACCGUCGUUGGCGCUUAGAAAAUGCGAGCAGUAUUUGCUGGAACACGAGAAUAGCAAUUUAAUGAAGCCAGACAAUGUUGAAGCGGCUUCGCUUCUUCUCCAUCUAUACAAAGCUGAUGCUUUGCUUUGCUUGGAACGCGUCGACGAAUGCUAUGAGUACCUGAAGCAGAUUGUUCAACCGAAGAUCCAAAGUGUAAUGCGACGGCCAAGUGCUGCUGCUCAAAAUACUGACUCAAUCUCUGGAGAAAUUGCAACAUGUCACUCGCAAUUACUGAACAACUUAGCUGUUGUUAUAACAUGCUGCUCUGGUGUCGACGCUGGUCUUUCAGUCCUUAACAAUGGGCUGGAACUAUAUCCUGAUUGCCUCGCUAUCAAGUUCAACCUUGUUCUGUUGCUUUGGAGAAAGGGUGACAAAGCCACUGCAUGCUCUAUUUGGGUCAAAGCUCGAGACUGGGAUCUUCAACAAAAGCCUGGCGAGGAAGGUGAAGGAAUUCCACUACAUCAUGCGGCUAUGUACCUGAAUGCUACAACGUCAGCUAGUCAAUCUCAAGCGUCAUCCAUUUCGGAGCACGUACAAGGUAAAAUUGAUGGAGUUGGUGGUGUAUCUGCGCAACAACUCUUGUAUUUGGAUGCGCUGAUUUUGAAUCAUUGGCGUAAAACUCGGAAAUCACAACUUGCUGGUUCACUCCAGUGUGUAGAGUUUCUCGAGAGUCGAGGUAUCACAGAUAUUAGUCGGCACAAAGAAUGCUAA